CUUAAGUCUGUACUGGGAAGAUCAGAGUACUAUCUCUAUCUUUUGGGGGCUUCGGCCAUGUUCCCUGUUCAAUAAAACUUGCCUUUUGUGUUCUUGAUCAAUUCUGUGAACUGUUGGUAUCAGAGAUGGCUGAUCACUGUUGAUGGUUUGGUCGCGCGGAAAAAUGGAAUCACGAGUGGACGAGUUGGAGAGGAAUCAUCAACAAACUAUGGAGAUGUUGACAGCGAUUCUCGCCAGAUUGGAUGCGAGAGAUCAAGAACGAUUGCGAAGCAGGUCACAUGCAUCUGCCGCAUCGCAUCACAAAUUACUCACCAGUUCGCAGGAGUCGCGAACUAUUUCUUCUGGUUCGCAGGUGCAGACGUCUUCUGUUAGUUCGCAAUCGCGAACAGAGUCUUCCUCAUCAUCGCACACAUCGCAUCACACUUCUCAUCAUCAACGUACGCAACAUUCGACUAACUCAGAGGCAUCCGAAGACCGAUCGAGGAACAAGAGACAUCAUCCGCCAUAUGACAAGCAAAGUCCGUCGCAAUCGUUCACCAGUUCGCUGUCGGAGUCGCGAACUGUUUGUAGUUCGCAAUUGUGAAAUACUUCUUCACUUGCUAUCAGUUCAUGUUCAAGAAAGACGCGAUUGAGAGGAGAAUCUUCAUCUUCGCCAUUAGAUUCUCACUGUUCGCCUUCUUCGUCUCAAAUAGCUCCUCUGAGUUCACAAGCAAUUUCUUCCGGACCUCUGGUUUCUAGGCGAACAGAAGACCCCAGUUCGCAAUAUCCAUCUGAGUCCCCAGAUUUGCGGCAGGAGUUCAUUAAUCAGCAGAAUGGCGACAAGGAACACAAGGAGAAAUCAUCAGAUAACCUUAAACAUGAAGCUGGUGCAGUUGCUGGAUUACCCAGGCGUAAGAUUUUGUCCAGGUACGAUCUGGACCAGUCAAACCUUGAAAUGAAUAGGUUCAAGCUUCUUCAGGUAGGUGAUAUUUCUUCUCAUCAUUUACAGCAGAUGAACUGGCCAAAUGUCUUCAACACUGAAAUGAUGUGUUUUCAGUCAUCAAACAUUACGUUAGAAGGAUUGAACAAGUUUGAUAGUCUUAGAGUGGAAGAGGUUACUUCUCUGAAAAAUAUUCAAAAAGAAUUGGUGAAUUAUGUGUGUAUGAAGAAGUAUGCCUUUGUGGGGCAGAUCAAGGAAUGACAUACUCUAAAGACAUGUUGUUGAACCACUGUGUAUUUUCCAAAAACACAUAUGGAGAUCUUGAAAUAGCUAGACAAUUGUAUGAAGGAGAGUUCAUUUAUGUGGGAACAAACUACAAAAAGGAGUAUAUGUUUAUCAGUAAGGGGUAGUGGUGUGUCUGUUCGUUAUCUAGGACAUUUGACUGAAAUUCCUCCCAAAAGCAAAGCUGUGGAUGACAAGGGAAUCGAUACCUCUGAACAGUCAUUAUGCAUUUCAACUUAUGUUUCAUUAAGUCAAGAAUGCUUUCUUUCUAAACACAAGAUUUUCAAGCUUCUAUGUUGGAACUCCUCAGAUUUUGGAACUCCUCACUUGGCUGGAAUCAAGGUGAUUCUGGACUCUCCUAUUCAGGCUGCUAUACUUGAUGUCUCUAAGAUAGAGUACCCGGUGGUUUUAUCAUUAAAACCAGAAAGUGUUCAAAUUUUAAAAGCAAGUAGUUGUUGAUUUCUGAGUUGCAGCAGGCUGUGCCUUAUCCUCCACGGAAUCUGAAAGUAUCAAUUUAGACAUUUGCAGAUUAACUUAAUUAGUCUAUUGAAAAUGAGAAUUGCAAUUUCAAAAAGUUACUCCAUAUGUGAUAGGUAGGCUGCAUAUAUUUUGCAUCUUUACUUUCAUUUUACAAUGAGCCAACCUUGAAUAGCAUAUAUCUUGUCUCUAUUUGUCAUGCACUAGUAAAAAAUGGCUUAUAGUGACACUAAAAAAGUGUCACUAAACGAUUUAAUGACACUUUGAAAGUGUCACAGACAAGCGGGGCAAGUGACACUAAAUUUAGUGUCACUGAUUGCUAAACAGAUUAG